AACCAGGUUUCUGUCUUGAGAAAGGAGCUGUUUGUUUUAACCAACUUUAUUUCAAAUAGCUAAAGGGGACAUAAUAAGAUAAAUCCGAGCAGGGAGCCGUGUGUAAAAAGGCACACAAAAGGUGCACAGGGAAUAACCAAGAUCUAGAGAGUGGAGCCAUGAAUCUAAAUGACUUUGUGGUGAUUCCCAACAAGCCCAAGUCAGUCAAGCUCAAUGCCAGGAACCUGCGAGAGCUGCGCAUGGAGACAGUGAUGCUGGCCCAGGAGAGUAAAGACAUGGAGGAUCGACUGCAACAACUCAGAGAGAGCAUGAGCCGGGAGAAAGAGGAGAGAGAGAGGUUUGGUGGUUCCCGUUGGAAGUCAGGGCAGGCUGGAGCUGUGAAUAACCACUGUGCAAAGAGGAACAAGGAGAGUGGACUCCAAAAGCUGUCAGCAGGCAAGGUGAAGAUACGGCUCCUCAAAGAUCAACCUCAGCCAGAAGUCUGCAGGGUGUUAGAGAAGGAGAAGGCUACAGCUGUUCUCUCAGGUGGUCAGGUGUCCAGCAGUAAGACCAGGCUGAGGGGGAAGGUGUGUGGCCAGUGUGAGGCCAGGGCUGCUGGACUGACAUGUGCAGAAUGUGGAGAGGACUACUGUGUCGGCUGUUUUGCCAAGUUUCACCAGAAGGGGGCACUGAAGCUCCAUAGAAUGAUCCCCAUUCAGACAGAGAUCCAGACCUCGGUGAGCACGCUGGAUGUAGUGAGUCGCUUCCAGAGACAAGUCCAGCCCGACCCCAAGCCUGAUUCCCAGACGGCUUGGCGAGGUGGAGGGGCGAGGGGGCCGGAGAGAAGGACCCAGGCCGCUCCCGCUGUUACACAUACCCACGAUGCACAGGGAAGCCAGGUUUUAGUUGUGAAUCCCUUGACGGAGGAGGAAGAUGAGUUUGAUGAACUGGAGGAUGAAGAGGAGAAGGAGAUGCUGACUACCUCACUGCUGGGAGGAGAAUAUGAUGAGGAGGAGUCAGCGCUCUCCUUUCAGGAGGCACUCAGGCAGUGGAGAGGAGAGGGAGGAGAGAGAGGAGAGGGAGGAGAGAGAGGAGAGAGAGGAGAGGGAGGAGAGAGAGGAGAGGGAGGAGAGAGAGGAGAUGCAAUCUGGAGACCCUUCCAAGCCCGGACAGUAUCAGUGGAAGUGAUGGGGACCCAGUCAGACCUGAGUGACAGUGGGGCUGAGAGAAGACCAGUGAAGGUGGAGUUCACCCAACACAGUCUCAGUUACAUGGACAGACUUCUCAUCAAGAGACACCGCAGGAAGCCGAUGGAAGCCUAUCAACCACUGUCCUCCCUGGCCUCAGCACAGAGCUCCCCAACACACACUCUGACAGCUGAGGAUGUGGAGUUGAGGCGGUACUGUGCCUCGCUGUUUGCUGUGUCAUCCUGCGGGGGCAGCGCUGAGCCAGAAUCCUCACCUGGAUCGUGUCUGAGCAUAGAGGUGUUAGAUGAGGAGACAGUUAGAGACAGAGGGUUUGUCACUGAACAGAAGGCAGAAGACAACACAAAGCAAGAGGAAGUCAAUGUAAUUGGAGGUCCUAACCUGUCCCACAAUGCAUUGUCCCAGGGAGCCAUGUUGUCUGAGUCUCCAGUGACCUGGUCUUCUCGCCCUCCGUUGGUCUCUAAAGUGGGCACCACUCAGAUACCACAACCUGACCACACUAGUGUACGGUCACCAAGGUUCACCACUGGGUCACCACAGCCCAGAGGACCAAAGACCCCUGGGUCGUCAACCAAGACACCAGCCAAGUCCACACGAACUGACCGCUCGUACAACCUCCAUCAGUCAACUGUAGACCCCUCACCCCCAGCCCUUCUCCCUCUACACCCAACCCAGACCUCUUAUCUGUAGACCCCUCAUCCCCCAGCCCUUCUCCCUCUACACCCAACCCAGACCUCUUAUCUGUAGACCCCUCACCCCCCAGCCC